AUGAAUCUUGCAAUCAUAUUGUCAAAAGUAAAGUUGCCUGCGAUGUUUCGCUUAGACAAAAAUGGAAAGUUGGAUUUGGUAUUGAAUUGUUAUGACGGAUCCCGAUUAAAUGGCUGCGAGUUCUUCACUAAGUACAUGUCGGAGGAGUGGGUCACGCCGUUGACAUUGUCCGCGGGCCGCAUGUACUUCGCAGAGCUGGUGGCUACCUUCGAGAAAGACAUCAAUGAUGAGAAGCUGCUGGUCGGCACCUGCGUCUCCGACGCGGGGUACUCACAACGACAGUGCUUUGUUAGUAAAAAUAUUAAAUUUUUGUGUUAGAAUUCGGUCCUCACUGUAGGUG